CAAUCAUCAAGUCUGCUGAUCUCCCCUUAAAAGCACCAUCGUCUCCACCACAUUGAUCUUAGUUUUGUUCGUACAGAAAAUCGUAACCCUAAAAUCAUCAUGUUACAUGAUCCACCGUGAAUGAAAUCAAGAAGGUAGUAAAGGUGUCUUUCCAUAUCCAAAUUGAAUCAACAAAAUGUGUGUUGUGCAUCUUCGAGCUAGGCAUCCGCAUAUUACUGAAACAAAAUGUUUCAUGUGCAUCUCUGAACUAACCACCAUUAAGAAUCCAUGGUCCCCUCCGACAAUCAUUACCCCAUCAGUUGAUCACCUUCCUCAUUGCCUAUGUUCCGUCUCCAUCGAUAGACCUUUUUAUGGAUCAGAUCUGUAAGAGGAUAUUAACAAAACAAACUCUAGUGGCUGACAAUGGAAUUCGUUCCAAAGUACCGAUAUUCGCACAACACAGAAGCAACAGAAGAAAAACAAGUAUCUGCUGAAGAAUGGUACAACAUGUUUAGCACAGGAUUCUUCAAGAAAGAAGUUAUGGACCUGAUGGUAAUGGAUUACUUUGUAACCCACAUGUAUGUCAAUGUUGCGGAAUCUUUUGAGGUGGAAUCCGGGUGCAAAGUGGGCGUUAAUCUUAAACUGCUAGCUUACCAGAAAAGAGUUACUGAUCACAUUUAAAAUCAUCAAAUCACAGAAGCCAUAGAUCUAAUCAAGACGACAUUCGCCCAUGUAUUAUUUCAUCAUUCCCUUUUUCCUUAUAUUAUAAUAAACACAAUGAAAUAGAAAAAGGUCUUUAUUUUACAUAA